AUGGACGGUGCUGGGGACACCUCAGUCUGCUUCCCCCAGAUCAAUUCCUCCUGCAGGCGUCUGUCUCGACCUCACUCUGAAAAUGUUUUCCUCUACACCCUGCUGGCCUUCGCUUCUCUGCUCACGGUGACGCUCAACAUGCUCGUCAUCGUCUCCAUCUCACACUUCCGGCAGCUCCACACUCCGACCAACGCCCUGCUGCUGUCUCUGGCCGUGGCCGACCUGGUUGUCGGGUUGCUGGCGAUGCCUAUCGAGGGCAUUUUCUACAUGGAGGCGUGCUGGCUGCUGGGGAAGCUGAUGUGCGCUCUGACUCCUUAUGUUUCUUACUGUCUGCUCUCGGCCUCUGUGGGCAACAUGGUUCUUAUAUCCAUUGACCGUUAUGUGGCUAUCUGUGACCCACUGCUCUAUUCCACCAAGAUCACCUUAAACAGAGCUAAAGUUUCAAUCUGUUCAUGUUGGACCGGUUCAGUUAUCUAUAACGGGCUGAUUCUGUUAGACCACAUACGGCAACCAGACAAGUUUACCUCCUGCCAUGGGCAGUGUGUGGUGGUCAUCAGCCACAUCUCAGGAACUGUUGACCUCUUUCUCACCUUUGUGGGUCCCUGUACUGUCAUGGUUGUUCUCUACAUGAGGGUGUUUGUGGUUGCUGUCUCUCAGAUGCGUGUCAUUCGGCUGCAGACGGCUGCCACUGCAGCUCCAACCGCUAAGAAAUCAGAAAGAAAGGCAGCCAGGACUCUUGGUAUUGUGAUAGCUGUGUUUCUAAUGUGCUUCUGUCCAUAUUACUAUCCCGCUCUCACAGGCAACGAAUUCUCCACUAACUUGUCCUAUUACGCAACGGUGGCUUGCAUCAUGCUUAUAAACUCCUGUGUGAACCCUCUGAUUUAUGCUCUGUUCUACCCCUGGUUUAGGAAAGCGAUCAAACUCAUCUUCACCCUCAGAAUACUGCAGCCUCACUCACGGGAGGCAAAGAUCUUGUAG